AUGUCCUCGCCUGUCAACUCAAAUGGUACUCUUGCCCUUCCGGAAUGGAAGCGACCAGAAAAGACAAAGAAUGAACUGCCCUGGGCUGAUAUCAAGACCAUCGAUUUGCAGAAGUUCGGCCUGCUUGGCGGCAAACAAGAACUCGCGGAGGAACUGCGAGACGCUGUGAGCAGCCAUUUCAUAUCUCCUUCGAGUUGCUUCAGCCCAGAGGAGGUUCAAAGGCAAUACGACAUUGGUAAGAACUUUUUCGGCCUUGAAACAGUCGAUAAAGGACAACCUCAAUACCGGUGUGACUUUUCGCAAGGCAACUACUUUGGUUGGCGUGCUGCACACGAAAAGACAAUCAUGGGAACCGACAUCCUAGACAAUGUCGAAUCUGUGAACAUAGCUAAGUUCAUUACAAAAUAUGCUAAAGAACCAUUACACCCAUUCUUCCAUCCGUUCAAAACCGAGAUUGAGAGCUUUUCGAGGAAGUCUCUCGACUUGGCCAGCAAGGUCUUGACUCUCUUUUCGAUCAUCCUUGAGUUGCCCGAGGAUUAUUUCUCUUCCCGCCAUGCUUACGAAUCGCCCAGUGAAGACCACUUACGGUACAUGACUUAUCAUCCUCGGCCCCUUGAAGAUGAUGUCCGUGUUCAGAACACCUGGUCGCGAGCCCACACUGACUUUGGCUCUUUGACACUUUUAUGGAGUCAGGACGUUGCGGGCCUACAAGUCAAGACCGCAUCUGGUGAAUGGCGAUAUGUGCCGCCUGUUGAUGACGGCAUAGUUUGCAAUGUCGGCGACACGCUCGACUUCUGGUCUGCCGGAUACCUCAAAUCAACAACACAUCGGGUCAUUCGUCCGCCUGAAGAUCAGGCGCAUCUCCAUCGCCAAGGUCUUUUUUACUUCGUACGCCCGGGAGACGACGUCGACAUUAAACCAGCACCAUCGCCACUGUUGAAGAGGCUGGGUCUAAUUGAGGAUGACUACAAAGCCAAGGCGCCAGUCACAGGUCUACAAUAUGUUAGAGAGAGAGUGAAGAAUUAUCACAAUCACAAUGAUUAUGCAGAUAUGAAAGGACAAAGGUUCCGCGUGGGAGACUUGGAAAUCGAAGACGAAGCAGCAUGA